AUGCCCGCCACCCUCUUCACCAACGGCCGCAUCUUCCAGUCGGGCGUGCGGCCGGGGACCAACGCCGGGCUGCAUGGGGAGCCGACGUUUGCCGAGAGCCUGCUGGUCCGGGGCGACGUGAUCGAGUACGUGGGGCCCGCGAGCGAACUACCACCAGCGGCCGACGAUGACACGGUGACGGUGCGCGACCUAAGCGGCCGGACGGUGCUACCAGGUUUUGUUGACGGCCAUAUGCAUCUGAUGCUGCUUGGGCAGUCGCUCAACAAGCUGGACCUCGGCGCAUGCACGUCGCUGCGCGACAUCCAGGCCGCCAUCCGCGCCCACGCCGCCGCGGACCCCGACGCCCCACGCAUCCUGUGCAGGAACUGGAUGCACAGCAUGACGGACCCGACAGGCGGCGUGUCGGCCGCAGACCUCGACACGCUCGACGACGCCGCCCGCCCCAUCUUUGUUGACUCCAAGGACUUGCACUCGACGUGGUGCAGCUCGUCGGCGCUGGCCGAGCUGGGCGCCGAGGCCUGGCCGCCCGUGCCCGGCGGCAAGGCCGAGCGCGACGGCGACGGCAGGUUAACGGGCGUCAUCAGCGAGGCCGCAAACUUCACUUACGUGUGGCCGCACCUCGCGCAGGCCGCCGCCAUGGCCGACCGCGUCGCCGCCAUCAAGGCAGCCGUCGCCGCAUACCAUGCUGCUGGCUACACGGGGCUGAUCGACAUGGCCAUGGACGAGGGCUCGUGGGAGGCGCUGCAAGCACUACAAGCCGCCGAUAGCCGCAUCCCCAUGCGCAUUGCCGCGUAUUGGCUGAUCCGGCCGGGGCAGAGCGACGCCGAGCACGCGGCGCAGGUCGACCGUGCCAUCGAGCUCGCCCGCGCCCACGACGCCGCGUCCUCGCCCGACUGCCGCGUCGUCGGCAUCAAGGUCAUCUGCGACGGCGUCGUCGACGCCUGCACGGCCGGGCUGUCAGAGCCCUACACGCACAAUGGCGCGAAUGUCUACCCGACGUGGACGGCCGCGCAGCUGGCGCCCGUCGUGCAGCGCGCCGACGCCGCUGGCCUGCAGGUCGCCAUCCACGCCAUCGGUGACGCGACCGUCACCGCGGCCGCCGACGUGCUGACGGCGCAUGCGAGCCCGGUGCGCCGCCCGCGCGUCGAGCACGUCGAGCUGGCCAGCGCCGCCGACGCCGCGCGCCUCGGCGCCGCGCGCAUCACGGCGUCGGUGCAGCCGGUCCACGCAGACCCGGCGAUCCUGCGCGCGUGGCCGGCACUGCUGGGCGCGUCCCGGUGCGGGCGCGCGUUCGCGUACCGCGAGCUCGCCGACGCGGGCGCCCCGCUCGCGCUCGGCAGCGACGCGCCGACGGCCCCGCACUCGCCGCUCGGCAACGUCUACGUCGGCACCACGCGGAAAUCGUUCCGCGACCCGGCGGCGCUGGACCAGCCUGUGAACCCGCACUUUGCCCUCGGGCUGUGCGAGGCCGUCGCGGCAGCGACCGAGGGUGCGGCGUAUAGCUGCUUUGAUGAUGGCCGGAUAGGCGUGUUGAAGAAGGGCCACAAGGCCGACUUUGUCCUUGUCGAUAUGCAGUGGGAUUGCGAGAAGCUGCUCGAGGCGAGGACGGUCGAGACGUGGUUCGCCGGGGAGAAGGUCUGGGCGGCGGAGGCGGAGGCGGAGUGA